AUGGCCGAGCAAGAAGCCACAUCGCUGAUCCAGCAGCUGCAGCAAGCACUGCGCAGCAACCCAGGGGGCGCCGCACCACUGCUAUCGAAGACGAAACUCGCACUUCUGAAGCUGAACGCGCUGGUGCCGACGGCGACGACGCCGCCACAGCACCUGAGCCUGGCCCGCAGCGCGCUGGAGCUGGGCGCGCUCAUCAGCAUCAAGAACACGGACCCGGCGGCCUUUACGCGCUACUACCAGCAGCUGCAGCCCUUCUACGCGCUGCCGGAGCGGGCGCUGCCGCGCGCCGGCGGCAACGCCAGCAAGAUCACGGGCCUGUACCUCUUGCUGCUGCUGAGCCAGGGCGACUACGCCGGCUUCCACACCCUGCUCGAGAGCUUGGAGGUCGCGAGCGCGGUUGCGGGCGUCCGUCUUGAGGAUGAUCCCUUCAUUCAGUAUCCGGUUCGCCUGGAGCAGGCGCUCAUGGAGGGCAGCUACGAUCGCGUCUGGGGCGAGACGAAGAGCGAGCGCGUGCCCGGCGACGAGUUUAGCGUCUUCUCGACGGUCCUCAUCAACACGAUCCGCUCCGAGAUCGCGUCGUGCUCGGAAAAGGCGUACCACUCGAUCCCCAUCACGGACGCCAAGUCGCUGCUCUUCCUCGAGAGCGAGGGCGCCGUCAUCGACUUUGCCCAGCAGCGCGGCUGGGCCGGCAAGGACGGCCGCAUAUACUUCCCCCAGCAGGAGCUGGAGGCCCAAGGCGCCGAAAAGGACGUCAUGCAGCUGAGCGGCCAGGUCAUCCAGAACACGCUGGGCUAUGCUAGGGAGCUGGAGACGAUUGUUUGA